GGUCCUUGCAGUUCCGAUCAAACCUGCGACCCACUUUCCUGCACCCCUCAUCUACGUUACCGGCGGUCAUCAAAAUAGGUGCCAGGAUGAGCUCAUCGCCCGAGGGUCAAGACAUGAUGGAGGUCUUGGCCAGCAAUAGCAACCAGCUCGCGGACGACCUUUGUUCCGCCGGGAGCAACGCGGCCAAGCGCCAGAAGUACGUCAUGGACUACCUGAAGGUUGCCGAUCGGGAGAGCAAAAGCGUCACGGCCGAUUUCCCCGACGGACUGGAUUGGUUCAACGUGAGCGAACCACUGUCGCUGCAGGGGUCACUCCGUGGCAAGGUCGUAGUGCUGGACUUUUUCACUUACUGCUGCAUUAACUGCAUGCACAUUCUGCCGAAUCUGAAACGGCUGGAGCACCUCUACCCGAUCGAGCAGGGCCUGGUGGUGGUCGGUGUGCACAGUGCCAAGUUCCGGAACGAGAAGGACUCAGCCAAUAUCCGUGCGGCCGUCGAGCGGUACGAAAUAACGCACCCUGUCGUCAACGAUAGCGUGACGGCGAUGUGGCGCCAACUGCGCGUCCAGUGCUGGCCAACGUUGAUGAUUUUGGGCCCACGGGCGAACCCACUGCUCGUGAUUAUGGGCGAGGGCAACUACGAGGAUCUGAAGCUUUACAUCGGCAGCACGUUACGGUACUACCGUGAGAAGGGCGAACUGCUGCAGCACUCGCUACCGAUCAAUCUUUCGCAAACCGCCGGCUUGGCGUCGAAUCUGAAGUUUCCGGGAAAGAUUGCGCGCUCCGAGGGCGGCAAUGAUGAGGACCUGUACGCCGUGUCCGACUCCGGCAAUCAUCGGGUAUUGAUCAUCGAAGCGAACGGUACCGUGCGCCAUACGGUUGGUGGGAAGGCGAGUGGGUUUGUCGACGGUAGCUUCAAGCAAGCACGUUUCAACGCCCCGCAGGGUGUGGCCUUCCGUGGGCUGGACACAGUGUUUGUGGCGGACAACGAAAACCACGCCAUUCGUCGAAUCGAUCUUACCGAGCGCACGGUGAGCACCAUCGUCGGCAACGGGGUGCAGGGUAACGAUCGCACGGGCGGGAAGGGAGGCCGGGAACAGCCCAUCUCGUCGCCCUGGGACGUGGCGCUGUACACGACGCGUGAUCUCGAUAUGUCGUUUCACGUGGACGAGUCGAAGGCACCGCUCAAGGAGGUGCUGCUGGUCGCGAUGGCCGGCAUCCACCAGAUUUGGGCUGUCUUCCUGCAGGACACGAUCUGGUGGAAGUUUAAAAAGUAUCCCGCCGGAAGCUGCUGGGCCAUUGCUGGCAGUGGCCACGAGCAGAACCGCAACACUUCGUACCCGCACAGUGCUGCGUUCGCGCAACCAUCCGGGCUGGCCAUCAACCGGGAAGUGAAAGAGAUGUACCUGGCGGACAGCGAGAGCUCCGCGAUACGGAAGAUUUCGCUGACCGACGGGAAAGUGCUGGCGGUCGCCGGAGGUGAUCGUAAUCCACUGGAUUUGUUUGCAUUUGGCGAUGUGGACGGCAAGCAGUAUGCGGCCAAGUUUCAGCAUCCCCUCGGUGUGGCCUACAACUCGAAAGAUGGUUGCAUUUACGUGGCCGACACGUACAAUCACAAGGUGAAGAAAAUAGACGCCACCACCAACUGCGCCACGACCUGCGAGUUCCGCGAAGCGAAUGGCGCCAUUAAACAGUUUAACGAACCGGCCGGGCUCUGCCUGGACCGCACCGGUCAACUGCUGUUUAUUGCCGACACGAACAACCACGAGCUGUUCGUGGCCAAUCUUUUCGACAGCACCAUCCGUCCGCUGAAGCUCCACUUUCCGGUCGCCGAAGCGAUGGACUGUGGCACCGGCACCGUGUUGCGAUCGCAGAAACUGAUCAAACUGUACCCGCGCAGUGGAAACGCCACACUUCGGUUAGUGUUUGAUUUUGCGUUUCCGGAAACCAGCACAAAGCUUACCGAAGGCGCCCCACAGCGGUGGUCACUGGCUCUGCCUUCUACGGAGUGGGGCUGUGAGCAAACGAAAGGUACACUGGAUGUUUCCGUCCGCUCGUUGGCGCUGCAAAUGGCCCCACCGGCAGGGGUGUUCACUACGAACGGAAAUCCGGUCACGGUCGAUGUCGCGUUUAAGCUCAACCUCUGUGAGGGUGAUGUCUGCUUUCCGAAGGAAUUUACCGUUCGAUUGGACGUGCAGCUGUGUGACGGCGCAGCGCAAGUGGUAGAAGGUAGCGACACUCAGGAACGGUGCCAGGUGCAGCUUUCGCGUGCGAAGGUUUUGCUGAAGCACGAUUAGUUCGGCGCACGGGACAGGCCUUUUUUAAUUUGCAAUUGAACGAAAGUUAAAGUUCGUUUUUUUUACGUCAACAUUACAGUACAACAUUGAAGCACAGCGAAUAGACUAAUACAACCGAGGAUACCUCGAAACGCUAACGUUACUUAUCAACCUCAGCAGAUACGUUCGGACUUUAAUGUGGAUUAAUGAUUGAAUCGUUUUUUAUGAACUCUGUUAACCGCUUAGGUUCUUCUUCGGAUAGUGAUUGUAUCAAACAUAUGAUCAAAUAAAUGACACG